CAAAUGAGAAUUGAAACAAAAUAUAAACAAAAUAUAAACGCAGAAAAGGUAUCUUUUUUAAUAAAAAUUCGAUUGAAUUCGAAAGUUUUCAAGUUUGGAUAUGACAAUGAACCAUUUAAAAUGGAUGGGGCAUUCGGCCACCAUACUGGAUAUCCAUAAAAAUUUAAGGGACGAUCUACAAAGUUGUGAAGUUACAUUGGCUGGAAAGGGAGGCCAUUCUGUUAAGGCUCAUCGCUUCGUACUAUGUUCAUGCAGUGAUUUGUUGAGAAGUCUACUUUGCGACAUACCUCUGCAACAGGAAUGUUGUGUAAUUUUGCCGGAUAUAAAGGGUUAUCUAUUGGAUAAUGUUCUUUCAUUUAUCUAUUUGGGUGAGUGCUCGCUCUCUUCCUCAAAUUUGUCCGAAUUUCUGGAAGCUAUAAACAUUUUGGGCAUAAAGAGCGCAAUAAGCUUCGAAUGCAAUACCAAUGCUAUGCAGGCUGCUCAGAAUGCCCAGAGUCAGAAUCAUAACAAUGGCCCCACAAUAUCGGCAACCAACCCUUCAAAUGUUGUUGGAGUGGGCAGAAAUGUCAGCACAAGAACCUCCGACCACGGAACUACCACCCUACACCACGAAGAAGAACUCAUUGAGACGCAGACCAUUUUGCAUGCUGACGCUCAGACAACUACAUCCAAUACGAACAAUAUAACAUCCACAACAGCUGAAAAUCGAGAAUUGGAAUUUCUAGACGUCUAUCACCAUGAUCCUCAGCACAAGAUAACGUAUUCAAUAGAGCACGUUCCUGGUUCCACAAGCGGUAAUGAAUUUAUUUUGACCGAAAAUUCGGGUAGAUUUACUUUGACUCAUAAUCAUAAGUUAGAAACGGCGUCAAGUGCCGAAUCUACUAACAUGGAGGUUACAGAGGAAGACGCAUGCGAAUCACACAUAAUUGAAGAAUAUAGCAGUGGUGAUGAGCCUCCUUUAAUCCACAUCAGUAGUGGAGAAGCACCUUCAGUAUCAACAGCAAAUGUUAUGGCCGCAACUCAGGCAGUAAACACACCUUCAAAUGCAAUUUUAGAAUUAAAACCAAAAACUAAGGCGAUAAAACUUAAAACCAAUGGUCCCCCAACUGUCAUACCGAAAUUAGAGCCUGUGAACGACAUGGAUUCCGUAGUGCAGCACAUUGAAGAAAAUAUAUCUAUGCUGCAUUCUGACCAAGAUGGCAGUUAUACUUUGCUUAAGGAUAACUCUGCCAACGAUUCAUUCGUUUCCGGCAAUACAACAAAUGAAUCGGAUUUCUCCUUGAAUUCUUCGAAUUUGACUGCCGCCGACUUAGCUUACCAAGCUAUGGCAAAUGAGGGAAUGUCAUUACCAAAGGCAGCAGUAAAAUAUAAUGUCUCAAAAUCUGAAUUAUGGAAACGAGUUCGCAGCACUGGAGUAGAAAACUUACAGAAAACGCCUAAAAUGGACCCAGAGAAAUUGGAUGUCAUCGAAUUAGCCAGCCAAGCUGUCAUAAGUGAAGGCCUCUCAUUACAAAAGGCUGCAGUUCGCUACGAUAUAUCCAAAACAGUGCUAUGGCGCAGAGUACGCAAACAUCCGCAGUAUAUGAAAACAGCCCGGGAGAAUCCCAUUAUAUCUAAAGCUUAUGAACGCCUUAAAACAGGCGAGUCCCUUAAAAGUAUAUCGCAGGAUCUCGAUAUACCUAUGUCCACGCUCCAUCGCCACAAGGUACGACUGUCCAAUUCAGGGCAGUUACCGGACUUUGUCAGUUGCAGAAAGCGUGACAGCGUAUCCAAAGAUGAUCUAAAGGCCAAACUUGCUAAGGCAGUACAUGCUUGCGUACAUGAGGGAAUGUCACAAAAUCACGCCGCUAAUUUGUUUGAAAUUUCUAAAAGCACUCUGUGGCGCCAUCUUCAACGACGUGUGGCCGAAGCCGAAGCAGCAGAAACAUUAGAGGGUGCUAUUGAAGAAUCGAUGGAGGAGGGGGACGAUGAUAUAAAAGAGGAAGUCAUUUUAUCAUAAGCUGUAGUCAUUUAAAUUAUGAAGUUCUACAUCGUACUGCUUUAUUAGCAGACACUACCAUGUUUUUCUUUUGCCUAUUAUGUAUUUUGUAAAUAUAAAUAGAAUAAGCAUAUAAUACAUUAGCAAUACAAUUUUAAUAUUACACUUGCAU